AUCCCCAAAUAAAAUCAAAAGAAGAAAUCAACUCCCGCUUCAAAUCAUUAGAAUUUCUCAGUCCCGCUAGGGUUUACGCAUAGAGGUAGCCGAAAAAGACAGAAUCAUUUAUACAUAUAAAGAGCAACCGGCAAUCAAAAUCUUUCCGACUUCAAGAAAUGGCUUUCUGGGGAACGGAAGUAAAACCUGGGAAGCCGGUGACUCAUUCUUCUGGAACUGCUGGAGGAAGGCUCCGGAUUUCUCAGGCAACAUUGGGAAUUGGUGACGCCACAAAAACAAGUUUAGUUCAAUGUAAUGUGGGCAAUAAGAGUCCAGUUUUGCUCUGCGCAUUACUGCCCAAUAAAACGGAGUCAUGCCAUUUGGAUUUGGAAUUCGAGGAGGCUGUUGAUGUUGUUUUUUCUGUGAUUGGUCCGCGAAGUGUUUACCUAACUGGUUAUUAUGUCAAUCACAGUCGGCAUUUCAAUCCACACAGUGAUUCAGAAUCCUUUGGGGUGGACAUUGAGCAUACUGGGACUGAGGGAUCCAAUCACUGCAGUGAUGAUGAUAAAUACGAGGAUAGUUUCAUUGACGAUGGUGAAUUACGAGAUUUAUCUCCCUCUCACAUUUCAGAUAGCGAUGAAAUCAAGGAGACAAUGCUGGAACAUGGAAAGCCCAAGGGUAAUGAAAGAAGUUUUAAACGACAUAAGAAGAAAUAUCAAGUUAUUGAGUCAGACGAUGAUGCUAAUCCACAUGAAAGUGAAGAUGAAGAUAGCUACCUUUUAUCUGUAUUUAGAAAUAGAAGAGCUGCACAGACGACUAAAUCAGAAGCUGGAGAGAAGACUGGUAAGGGAACAGUUGAAACCAGUGAUAAAUUGGAGGAUGGUGGCACUUCUGGCAGUGUAUCAAAGGGAAAGCCUGAUGAUCUAGAUGUAGUUGGUGAACCAGAAAGAGAGGCAAAGCUACCUCAUAACACAGUGCUUCCUUCCAAUGGCCAGGAUCCCAUUAUGGAUAAUGGGAAAGAUCAGAUUCAAUCUCUUGCCCUUGUAAAGCCAAAAAGGAAAAGGAGAGAGCGAUUUAAGGAGGAGGAGACACUUGCAGUCGAAAAUGGCAACUGUAAUGGUGUCCUUGGAGAGAAUAAAGAUGGUGUCCUUGGAGAGAAUAAAGAGCAGGAGGCUGUUGUAAAGUCUGAUAAGAUGGACCCUGAUCUUCAUCUGAGAAAUAAAACUUACCAGGGCCCAUCUAAUGCGGUAGUUGAUGGUGAUUGUUCAGUGCCUCCUGCUGAAAUGAGCUCAGAAAAUUGUCGGAAGUCAAAGAAGCAAAGGAAGGAAAUUGGGUUGGAAGGGUCAAAAGUUGAAGGCAAUGGUGCAAGUUAUGACAAUAAUUCUAAUGGUGUUGAAUUCAAGCUAGAUAUUGCAAAAACUGUUGGCAUGUCUAAGGAUUUGCAAGCAACAAAUGGAAAAAAUAAGGAACCUACUGUUUAUAAAGAUAUCGGCAUAAACUCUCACUUAGUAGGAAGUCAAUCUGAGAAGAAACUUGAAGGGAAGCAGAAGAAGAAAAACAAAAACAAAAACAAAAGCCCGAGGGAUGGUGACUCAAACAUUGGCACGCUUGAGAUAAAUGCAAAUGAGGAGAAUACAUUCAUGAAACGAGAGGAUUGGAGUGCAAAUGUUGAAUCAUCUCAGCAGAGGACUUUAUCUAGUGGAUUGAAAAUUGAAGAGGUGGCAAAGGGAGAACCAGGUGGAAAAAUAGCUGCUCCUGGGAAAAAGGUUACAGUUUAUUAUAAUGCUAUGUUAAAGGAUAGUGGGCACAUUUUUGACUCAAAUUUUGGCAAAACUCCGUAUAAAUUUCGACUAGGUACUUUAUCUCUGGCUCUGUAAACCCCUCCCCCCCCAACCAAAAUAUGUGUGUGUGU